GCGCGUCCGAAGCGGAGAGUGAGCAGAGAGAGUGGUGCCGCCGCCACCGCCGCAGCAGGCCGCCGACAGACGAGGCGGCCGACUGCCGCCGCCACCGCUGAGUGUCAGGGGCGGCAGUCGCACGCCGACUGGGCAUCCAUCUGCCACGAGGGUCCGUCUGUGGGUACCGCACCAGGGGGGACAUAAAGGGAUAAAAGACCACUGACCACCACCAAUCCACCCCCACGAAAUCACCAUGACAGUGGUGAACGAAUGGGUGUCCAACACGAGGUUCGGGGGGUGGGUACAGCGGUGCAGGGAGUCGCGCCGCCUCGUUCUGGUCAUCGUCGCCAUAGCUCUUCUUCUCGACAACAUGCUCCUCACCACUGUCGUACCAAUAAUUCCGGAGUUUUUAUAUGACAUCAACCACCCUGAUGCACCUCUAGAUGGGCCUGUAAGAGUGCUGACUACAACUACUACCACUACAACAACCCCAAUUCCAUGUCCUUGUCUUGAACGAGACCUGAAUAAUAUUUCCACCACCGCCACGUCUAACGCAGAAGAUUUUAAUUUGACAACUUUAGAUCCAGAAGCAAUGGGAAGAGAACUUCGGCACAAGGAUUUGGUACAAGAAACCGUAGAAGUGGGAAUGAUGUUUGCCUCGAAGGCAUUCGUGCAGUUGCUGGCCAAUCCAUUCGUUGGACCACUAACUCACAGAAUUGGCUACAGCAUCCCCAUGUUCGCAGGUUUCAUAAUAAUGUUUCUAUCAACUAUAAUUUUCGCUUUUGGGCGCAGCUACAGCGUCCUGUUCAUAGCCAGAGCCUUGCAGGGGAUAGGGUCUUCCUGUUCGAGCGUCAGCGGCAUGGGUAUGCUGGCCGAGCGGUACCCCGACGACAAGGAGCGGGGCAACGCGAUGGGCAUCGCGCUGGGCGGACUGGCGCUGGGCGUGCUCAUAGGGCCGCCCUUCGGUGGCGUUAUGUACGAGUUCGUGGGCAAGUCGGCGCCCUUCCUCAUCCUGUCUGCGUUGGCGUUGGGAGACGGACUGCUUCAACUGCUCAUGCUGCAACCAUCGGUGAUUAGACAAGAUUCCGAUCCGCCAUCUUUGAAGGCUCUGGUAACAGAUCCAUAUAUCAUCAUAGCAGCUGGGGCCAUAACGUUUGCCAACAUGGGCAUAGCGAUGCUGGAGCCGUCCCUGCCUAUCUGGAUGAUGGACACCAUGGGCGCUGGCAGAUGGAAGCAAGGAGUGACCUUUUUGCCCGCCAGCAUUUCCUAUUUGAUAGGCACGAACCUGUUCGGGCCGCUGGGCCACAAAAUGGGCCGGUGGUUGGCCGCCCUAUUAGGGCUGAUCGUCAUCGGCAUUUGUCUGAUGCUCAUUCCAUUGGCGACGAGCAUGAACCACUUGAUCGUGCCUAACGCAGGUUUAGGCUUUGCCAUCGGCAUGGUGGACAGUUCGAUGAUGCCCGAAUUAGGCUACUUAGUCGAUAUUAGGCACACUGCCGUCUACGGCAGUGUAUACGCUAUCGGAGACGUAGCCUUUUGCUUAGGAUUCGCGAUCGGUCCAGCUAUGAGUGGGACUCUUGUAAAGACUAUUGGUUUCGAAUGGAUGCUCUUUGGCAUAGCCAUCUUGAAUUUCAUGUACGCUCCUUUACUUUACUGUCUCAAAAGUCCACCAACUAAGGAAGAAAAAAGAAAUUUGCUAAAUGCUGAAGAAAAAUCGUCUGUAAGAUACGUGACGUAUCAAAACGAGGAUGACGACGAAUAGAGGACUCAAGUUGGGAUUUGUGAUAAGGAAAUUUUGUUGAUGAAAAGUGUGUAAAAAGAAUGGUAGGAAAAGUCAUGGAAUCGUCAUUGAAACGGGGACUGUACAAACGGACUACUCCUUAGUUAAAUAGGUUGAUUAUAUUAAUGUAAGAAAAAUGUGUAUGCUAAGACAUCACUGAUAGGAGAGCACAAUAAUUUAAAAGAGUCAAAAUUCCCCUAGCAGGGCCCCCGUCUGGGAUUGACGUGAAUGGCUGCACGCAAUCCUUUUCUGUGAAAAAAAAUCAGAAGCGGGGCAAUCAGAUGCCCUCAACUUUCGGCUUAACGAAUUGAAUAAGAAAUUGAUUAGAAAAACGUGAAGCUCUCCUAUCUAAGCCCGUCAAAUGAUUGCCACACACAAUAUAGAAAAUAUACUUAUAUAAAUGUCUCUAAAUUAGGUACUAAGAUAAUUCAUUGUAAAACAGUAGGGAAACUAUAUCAUUCUAUGAGAAUUGCUGAGCCAAUCAAAAACCAUCUUGAGGGCUGACUGUUAUAUGUAUAAACAGAUCGAUUCAAAUACUGAACCAGUUCUAUUCUUCAUCAGAAAGAAAAUAUGACCACAUCAGGAUAACAGAAUUUUGUAAAUAAUUAUGUACACACGAUGAUGCGAAAGUUUUGGUCCGAAAAAUAUAGGCUAUAACGAUAACCGCAUAUUCACGAAUUUCUGCUGAAGGAUUGAACGACUUUCUCAAGAAUCACCCUGUGUAUGAAAAGCAGUAAGGGGACCUCGAUGUAGCUUCAUAUUAUCCAUAAUAAUCAACCAGAGCUAAUCGUUGUUUUUGUAUCGGACGAUUUAAAUAAAACGAAUCGUCUCGCCUGUCCUUCUGAAGUUUCAAACUCAGAAAGAUUAUUGCUAAGAGACAAUAAUCUGAGUGCUAACCUGACCAACAAAAAUUUAUUUUUUGUUCAAAAGCUGGUAAGGGUCCUAACCACGAAAGGGCAAAGAUGCCGUAUCAGUAUUGUUGUUAAUCAAAAGGGCCGAAAUAAGGGUACCUGGUCUAGUCGUAGGUUAGAAUAUGCAUGUUAAUCGUUUACACACCAAAUGUGUGUUAUCAGUGGUAUUGAGUGUUCGGUGUUAAAUGUCCCAAUAUGUGGUGCAAUAGCGAAUAAAUCUAUGAAAACUCCAA